GUGAAGGCGGGGAGGCAAGCAGGUAGGCAGGCAGGCUGGCGGAGGCUUCAUGCCGUCGCUGCUGCAGCUGCGGAGAGGCUCGGGGCAGCAACAAAGGAAGGCAUGAAGGAUCCGGCGCGGCCUGGGCAGGCAGGCUGAUUCUUGGGGUCUUGAAUCUUGUUUUCGCAAGUGCUUGCCGACACGCAAAGGGGGAAAAAUGGCGUUCGUUUCGACUCAAGGACCCACCGUGGUCGACCAAACCACUCUAAUGAAAAAAUACCUCCAGUUUGUGGCAGCGCUGACGGAUGUGAAUUCGCCUGAUGAAACGAAACUGAAGAUGAUGCAAGAAGUCAGUGAAAACUUUGAGAAUGUGACGUCGUCUCCGCAGUACUCCACAUUCCUGGAACACAUCAUCCCGCGCUUUCUUACUUUUCUCCAGGAUGGAGAGGUUCAGUUCCUGCAGGAAAAACCAGCCCAGCAACUGAGAAAAUUAGUUUUGGAAAUAAUCCAUAGAAUACCAACAAACGAACAUCUUCGCCCGCAUACCAAGAAUAUCUUAUCUGUGAUGUUCAGGUUUCUAGAGACGGAAAAUGAAGAAAAUGUGCUUAUUUGUUUGAGGAUAAUUAUUGAACUGCACAAACAGUUCCGGCCACCAAUCACACAAGAGAUUCACCAUUUCUUGGAUUUUGUUAAGCAGAUAUACAAGGAGCUUCCAAAAGUAGUCAAUCGAUACUUUGAAAACCCUCAGGUUAUCCCCGACAAUACUGUUCCCACCCCGGAGAUGGUUGGCAUGAUCACGACGAUCGUGGUGAAAGUAAAUCCGGACCGGGAUGACAGCGAGACCAGAACGCACUCCCUAAUUCCCCGAGGCUCCCUGUCCUUGAAGGUGUUGGCUGAGCUGCCCAUUAUUGUCGUUCUUAUGUAUCAGCUGUACAAACUCAACAUUCAUAAUGUGGUAGCUGAAUUCGUGCCCCUGAUCAUGAAUACUAUUAUUAUUCAGGUAUCCACACAGGCAAGGCAGCAUAAACUGUACAACAAGGAGUUGUACGCCGACUUCAUUGCUGCUCAGAUAAAGACAUUGUCAUUCUUGGCUUAUAUCAUCCGAAUUUAUCAGGAAUUGGUGGCUAAGUAUUCACAACAGAUGGUAAAGGGAAUGCUACAGUUGCUGUCGAAUUGUCCAGCCGAAACAGCUCACCUGAGGAAGGAGCUUCUUAUCGCUGCCAAACAUAUUCUUACCACAGACCUGAGGAGCCAAUUUAUUCCGUGCAUGGACAAAUUGUUUGAUGAAUCCAUACUAAUAGGCUCUGGAUACACAGCACGUGAAACUCUGAGACCCCUUGCGUACAGCACAUUGGCCGAUCUAGUUCAUCACGUCCGCCAGCAUUUGCCGCUCAACGAUCUCUCCCUUGCCGUCCAGCUCUUUGCCAAGAAUAUUGACGAUGAAUCAUUACCGAGCAGCAUCCAGACCAUGUCCUGCAAGCUCCUGCUAAACCUGGUGGACUGCAUUCGGUCCAAGAGCGAACAGGAGAAUGGAAAUGGCAGAGACAUUCUCAUGAGGAUGCUGGAGGUUUUUGUCCUCAAAUUUCACACCAUCGCCCGCUACCAGCUGUCCGUUAUCUUUAAAAAGUGCAAACCGCAGUCGGAGCUUGGGGCGGGAGAAGCAGUUUUGCCUGGCGUGCCCGCUGGCGGGAACACUGCUCCGGUCCCGGUUCCAUCCCCUGCUCCCACCACCCCCGUGAGCGGCCCUUCCUCCGGACCCGUCUUUGAGAAGCAGGGAGAGAAGGAGAAGGAGGAUAAGCAGACCUUUCAAGUCACGGAUUGCCGAAGUUUGGUGAAGACGCUGGUCUGUGGCGUGAAGACGAUUACGUGGGGCAUCACCUCUUGCAAAGCUCCCGGAGAGGCACAGUUUAUUCCCAAUAAGCAGCUGCAACCUAAAGAGACACAGAUCUAUAUAAAAUUGGUCAAAUAUGCAAUGCAAGCUUUGGAUAUUUAUCAGGUUCAAAUAGCUGGAAAUGGGCAGACGUACAUUAGAGUUGCAAACUGUCAGACAGUCAGGAUGAAAGAGGAGAAGGAGGUGUUGGAACAUUUUGCCGGCGUCUUCACCAUGAUGAAUCCUCUGACUUUCAAAGAGAUCUUCCAGACGACUGUUCCAUACAUGGUCGAAAGAAUCUCUAAGAACUAUGCCCUCCAGGUGCCGCAUUCCGGUGGUGGGCACAGGCUGAAGAUAAAAGCAGGGAUCGUCGCCAACUCCUUUUUGGCCAACCCCACCACCUCGGCCCUGUUUGCCACGAUCCUGGUGGAGUACCUUCUCGACCGCUUGCCUGAAAUGGGCUCUAACGUGGAGCUCUCCAACCUGUACCUCAAGCUGUUCAAGUUAGUUUUCGGCUCCGUUUCACUCUUUGCGGCAGAAAAUGAGCAGAUGCUGAAGCCGCACUUGCACAAGAUAGUGAACAGCUCCAUGGAGCUGGCCCAGACGGCCAAAGAACCGUACAACUAUUUCCUGCUGCUGAGAGCGCUCUUCCGAUCCAUCGGAGGGGGCAGCCACGACCUCCUGUAUCAGGAAUUCCUGCCGUUGCUACCCAACUUACUGCAAGGUCUUAAUAUGCUGCAGAGUGGCCUGCACAAGCAACACAUGAAGGAUUUGUUUGUCGAGCUUUGCCUCACAGUCCCGGUUCGACUGAGCUCGCUCCUUCCGUAUUUACCCAUGUUGAUGGAUCCGUUGGUCUCAGCCCUGAACGGGUCUCAGACUCUGGUCAGCCAGGGCCUGCGGACCCUGGAGCUGUGCGUGGAUAACCUGCAGCCAGACUUCCUGUAUGAUCACAUCCAGCCCGUGAGAGCAGAGCUGAUGCAGGCCCUGUGGCGGACUCUGCGCAAUCCAGCCGAGACCAUUUCCCAUGUUGCUUACCGUGUGCUUGGCAAAUUUGGUGGAAGCAACCGAAAAAUGCUGAAAGAGUCCCAGAAGCUGCAGUAUGUUGUGACAGAAAUCCAAGGCCCCAGCAUCACAGCUGAGUUUUCUGACUGCAAGGCCUCGAUUCAGCUUCCGAUGGAGAAGGCCAUUGAGACGGCACUAGAUUGCUUGAAGAGUGCAAACACGGAGCCCUACUAUCGGAGGCAGGCCUGGGAGGUGAUCAAGUGCUUCUUGGUGGCCAUGAUGAACCUGGACGAUAACAAGCACGCCUUGUAUCAGCUCCUCGCACAUCCUAACUUUACUGAGAAGUCAAUUCCCAAUGUAAUCAUUUCCCAUCGGUACAAAGCCCAGGACACACCUGCCCGGAAGACGUUUGAGCAGGCCCUGACUGGGGCAUUCAUGUCCGCAGUGAUCAAAGAUCUCCGCCCCAGCGCUCUUCCUUUCGUGGCCAGCUUAAUUCGUCAUUACACCAUGGUGGCAGUGGCCCAGCAGUGUGGCCCUUUCCUGCUGCAGUGCUACCAGGUCGGCAGCCAGUCCAGCACGGCCAUGUUCCACAGCGAAGAAAACGGGUCCAAGGGCAUGGACCCCCUGGUCCUGAUCGACGCCAUCGCCAUCUGCAUGGCCUACGAGGAGAAGGAGCUCUGCAAAAUAGGAGAGGUGGCGCUGGCCGUGAUCUUCGACGUGGCCAGCAUCAUCCUGGGGUCAAAGGAAAGGGCUUGCCAGCUUCCCCUGUUCUCCUACAUCGUGGAACGGCUGUGUGCCUGCUGCUACGAGCAAGCCUGGUACGCCAAGCUCGGAGGCGUGGUGUCCAUUAAAUUCCUCAUGGAGCGGCUGCCCCUCAUUUGGGUCCUCCAGAACCAGCAGACCUUCCUCAAGGCACUGCUCUUUGUCAUGAUGGACUUGACCGGAGAGGUUUCAAACGGAGCCGUGGCCAUGGCCAAAACCACCCUCGAGCAGCUCCUGAUCAGGUGCGCCACUCCCCUCAAAGACGAUGAGAAAACAGAGGACAUCUUCACCGCCCAGGAGAAGUCUUUCCACCACGUGACCCACGACCUGGUGCGAGAAGUGACCUCGCCCAACUCCACCGUGCGCAAGCAGGCGAUGCACUCCUUGCAGGUGCUCGCGCAAGUCACGGGGAAGAGUGUCACGGUGAUUAUGGAGCCGCACAAAGAGGUUCUCCAAGACAUGGUUCCGCCAAAAAAGCACCUGCUCCGGCAUCAGCCUGCAAACGCGCAGAUCGGUCUGAUGGAGGGGAACACGUUUUGUACCACGCUUCAGCCCAGGCUGUUCACCAUGGAUCUCAACGUGGUGGAGCACAAAGUCUUCUAUACAGAGUUAUUGAAUUUGUGCGAGGCCGAAGACAGCGCCCUGAUGAAGCUGCCCUGCUACAAGAGCCUCCCUUCACUGGUCCCGCUAAGAAUUGCCGCACUGAAUGCCUUAGCUGCUUGCAAUUACUUGCCUCAGUCAAGAGAGAAAAUCAUUGCAGCGCUAUUCAAGGCACUUAACUCAACAAACAAUGAACUCCAGGAGGCGGGAGAGGCUUGCAUGAGAAAGUUUUUGGAAGGUGCUACGAUAGAAGUCGACCAGAUUCACACGCACAUGAGGCCUCUACUGAUGAUGCUGGGCGAUUACCGAAGCUUGACGCUCAACGUCGUGAACCGCCUAACAUCCGUGACGAGACUCUUUCCGAACUCUUUCAAUGAUAAGUUCUGCGACCAAAUGAUGCAACACCUGCGUAAAUGGAUGGAAGUGGUAGUCAUAACACACAAAGGAGGACAGAGGAGUGAUGGAAAUGAGAGUAUUUCCGAGUGCGGGAGAUGUUCCUUGUCUCCAUUCUGUCAGUUUGAGGAAAUGAAGAUUUGCUCUGCAAUUAUAAACCUAUUUCAUCUGAUCCCAGCCGCUCCACAGACGCUUGUUAAGCCCUUGCUGGAAGUUGUGAUGAAAACAGAGCGGGCCAUGUUGAUAGAGGCUGGCAGUCCAUUCCGGGAACCACUCAUAAAGUUUCUGACGCGUCAUCCUUCCCAGACGGUUGAGCUGUUUAUGAUGGAAGCCACCUUAAAUGACCCGCAGUGGAGCCGGAUGUUUAUGAGUUUCUUGAAACAUAAAGAUGCCAAACCCCUGCGAGACGUCCUGGCUGCUAAUCCCAAUCGCUUCAUCACGUUGCUGUUACCUGGAGGCACCCAAGCAGCCGUCCGGCCUGGUUCUCCGAGCACUAGCACCAUGCGCCUUGACCUGCAGUUCCAGGCUAUCAAGAUCAUAAGCAUUAUAGUUAAGAAUGAUGAGUGCUGGCUGGCGAACCAGCACUCCUUGGUGAGCCAGCUCAGGCGCGUGUGGGUCAGCGAAGCCUUUCAGGAAAGGCACCGGAAGGAGAACAUGGCUGCCACCAACUGGAAGGAGCCAAAGCUCCUGGCAUACUGCCUGCUGAACUACUGCAAGAGAAAUUACGGGGACAUAGAACUGCUUUUCCAGCUUCUCCGAGCUUUUACUGGCCGCUUUCUCUGCAAUAUGACUUUUUUGAAAGAAUACAUGGAAGAAGAGAUUCCCAAAAAUUACACCAUCGCCCAAAAACGGGCUCUGUUUUUCCGCUUUGUCGACUUCAGCGAUCCCAACUUUGGAGACGAGCUUAAAGCCAAGGUCCUGCAACACAUCCUCAACCCUGCCUUCCUGUACAGCUUUGAAAAGGGGGAAGGGGAGCCACUGCUUGGUCCAGCCAACCCAGAAGGAGACAACCCCGAGAGCAUCACCAGUGUGUUCAUCACAAAGGUACUCGAUCCAGAAAAGCAAGCCGACAUGCUGGACUCGCUCAGGAUUUACCUCUUGCAGUUCGCCACACUCCUGGUGGAGCACGCCCCGCACCACAUCCACGACAACAACAAGAACCGCAACAGCAAGCUCCGCCGCCUCAUGACCUUCGCGUGGCCGUGCCUGCUCUCCAAGGCCUGCGUCGACCCGGCCUGCAAGUACAGCGGGCACCUCCUGCUGGCCCACAUCAUUGCCAAAUUUGCCAUUCACAAGAAGAUCGUCUUGCAGGUGUUUCACAGCCUCCUGAAGGCUCACGCGAUGGAAGCGCGGGCCAUCGUGAGGCAAGCCAUGGCCAUUCUGACGCCAGCGGUGCCUGCUCGCAUGGAGGACGGCCACCAGAUGCUGACCCACUGGACGAGGAAAAUCAUAGUUGAAGAGGGCCACACGGUCCCGCAGCUCGUCCACAUUCUGCAUUUAAUAGUCCAGCACUUCAAGGUAUACUAUCCAGUGAGGCACCAUUUAGUGCAGCACAUGGUGAGCGCCAUGCAGCGGCUGGGCUUCACCCCCAGCGUCACCAUCGAGCAAAGAAAACUGGCUGUCGACCUGGCCGAAGUGGUGAUCAAGUGGGAGCUGCAGCGGGUCAAAGACCAGCAGCCAGAUUCGGAUAUGGAUCAGGGCGCCAGUGGUGAGGGAGCAGCUUCUGCCUCGUCCUCUGUGAAGCGGGGACUCUCGGUCGACUCUGCACAAGAAGUGAAGCGGUUCAGGACAGCCACCGGGGCAAUAAGCGCCGUGUUUGGACGCAGUCAGUCCUUGCCUGGCGCAGAUGCCCUGCUUUCGAAGCCCAUCGACAAGCAACACACGGACACCGUCAUCAACUUCCUCAUUAGAAUUGCGUGCCAGGUAAAUGACAACUCAAACACUGCGGGUUCUCCAGGAGAACUGCUUUCCAGGCGCUGCGUUAACCUUCUGAAGACAGCUUUACGGCCAGACAUGUGGCCAAAAUCGGAACUCAAACUGCAGUGGUUUGAUAAGCUUCUAAUGACUGUGGAGCAGCCCAACCAGGUCAACUUCGCCAACAUCUGCACCGGGUUGGAGGUUCUCAGCUUUCUCCUAACGGUCCUUCAGUCCACGGCGAUCCUGAGCAGCUUCAAGCCUCUGCAGCGAGGAAUCGCGUCUUGCAUGACCUGCGGCAACACCAAAGUCCUGCGAGCGGUCCACACCCUGCUCUCCCGCUUGAUGAGCAACUUCCCCACAGAACCAAGUACCUCAAGCGUUGCCUCCAAGUAUGAAGAACUGGAGUGUCUCUACGCUGCCGUUGGGAAGGUGAUUUAUGAAGGGCUUACCAAUUACGAAAAAGCGACUAACGCCAACCCUUCGCAGCUCUUCGGGACUUUAAUGAUUUUGAAGUCAGCGUGCACCAACAAUCCCAGCUACAUCGACAGGCUGAUCUCCGUCUUCAUGCGAUCUCUCCAGAAGAUGGUGAGGGAGCACUUGAACCAACAGUCCCAAGCAGUGACUGCAGAAGUGAACACAGUAGCUGGUACCAGUGAAUUGGUCAUGUUGAGCCUUGACCUGGUGAAAACCCGUCUUGCUGUGAUGAGCAUGGAGAUGAGGAAGAACUUCAUCCAAGCUAUUCUAACCUCCCUCAUUGAAAAAUCGAAUGAUGCCAAAAUCCUCCGUGCCGUAGUCAAAAUAGUGGAAGAGUGGGUGAAAAUUAACUCCUCCAUGGCUGCCAAUCAGACACCCACACUUCGGGAGAAGUCCAUUUUGCUAGUAAAAAUGAUGACCUACAUUGAAAAACGUUUUCCAGAGGACCUUGAAUUAAAUGCCCAGUUCUUAGACCUUGUUAACUAUGUCUAUAGGGAUGAAAACCUUUCAGGUAGUGAGCUGACAGCCAAACUCGAGCCAGCUUUCCUUUCAGGACUCCGCUGCGCUCAGCCGCUUAUCAGAGCCAAGUUUUUCGAGGUGUUCGACAACUCUAUGAAGCGGCGGGUUUACGAACGCCUCCUGUACAUCACCUGUUCACAAAACUGGGAAGCGAUGGGCAACCACUUUUGGAUCAAGCAGUGCAUUGAGCUCCUGUUGGCUGUGUGUGAGAGGAACACUACAAUCGGGACCAGUUGUCAAGGCGCUAUGCUUCCCUCCAUCACGAACGUUAUCAACCUGGCCGACAGCCAUGACCGGGCUGCUUUUGCUAUGGUGACCCACGUCAAGCAGGAGCCUCGCGAGAGAGAAAACAGCGAAUCCAAGGAGGAGGAUGUGGAGAUAGAUAUUGAAUUGGCUCCAGGUGAUCAGACUAGUACACCCAAAACCAAAGAGCUUUCUGAAAAGGACAUUGGCAAUCAGUUGCACAUAUUAACGAACCGGCAUGAUAAAUUUCUUGACUCUCUACGAGAAGUAAAGACUGGAGCGCUGCUGAGUGCCUUUGUGCAGCUGUGCCAUAUUUCCACGCCCUUAGCUGAAAAGACUUGGAUCCAGCUGUUCUCCAGAGUGUGGAAAAUCUUAUCUGAUAGGCAGCAACAUGCCCUCGCUGGGGAGAUCAGCCCGUUCCUGUGCAGCGGCAGCCAUCAGGUGCAGCGCGACUGCCAGCCGAGCGCGCUGAACUGCUUCGUGGAGGCCAUGUCGCAGUGCGUCCCCCCCAUCCCCAUCAGGCCGUGUGUACUCAAGUACCUGGGCAAGACUCACAACCUCUGGUUCCGCUCCACUCUGAUGCUGGAGCACCAAGCCUUUGAGAAAGGGCUGAGUCUCCAGAUCAAGCCGAAGCAAACCACGGAGUUUUACGAGCAGGAAAACAUCACCCCGCCUCAACAGGAAAUCCUUGAUUCACUUGCUGAGCUGUACUCUUUGCUACAAGAAGAGGACAUGUGGGCAGGAUUGUGGCAGAAGCGUUGUAAAUUUCCGGAGACAGCAACCGCUAUUGCCUACGAGCAGCACGGCUUCUUCGAGCAGGCUCAGGAAACCUAUGAAAAAGCAAUGGAGAAGGCCAAGAAAGAACACGAGAGAAGCAGUGCCUCACCUGCCAUUUUCCCUGAGUAUCAGCUGUGGGAGGACCACUGGAUUCGGUGCUCCAAAGAGUUGAACCAGUGGGAAGCGUUGACGGAGUAUGGCCAGUCGAAGGGCCACAUCAACCCCUACCUCGUGCUGGAGUGUGCAUGGCGCGUCUCCAACUGGACUGCCAUGAAGGAGGCGCUGGUGCAGGUGGAGCUGAGCUGCCCCAAAGAGAUGGCGUGGAAGGUCAACAUGUACCGGGGGUACCUGGCCAUCUGCCACCCUGAAGAGCAGCAGCUGAACUUCAUUGAGCGACUGGUGGAGAUGGCCAGCAGCUUGGCUAUUCGGGAAUGGCGAAGGCUUCCCCAGGUGGUUUCCCAUGUCCACACACCCCUCCUGCAGGCUGCGCAGCAAACCAUUGAACUUCAGGAAGCUGCCCAAAUAAAUGCAGGCCUACAGCCGGCCAACCUUGGAAGGAAUAACAGCUUACACGACAUGAAGACGGUCGUGAAGACUUGGAGGAACAGGCUGCCGAUCGUGUCCGACGACCUGUCCCACUGGAGCAGCAUUUUCAUGUGGAGGCAGCACCAUUACCAAGCCAUCGUAAGCGCCUACGAGAACAGCUCCCAGCACGAUCCUAGUUCCAACAACGCCAUGCUGGGAGUCCACGCAUCCGCCUCAGCAAUCAUCCAGUAUGGAAAAAUAGCGCGGAAGCAAGGGCUGGUCAACGUGGCCCUGGACAUCCUGAGUCGUAUUCACACCAUUCCGACGGUGCCGAUCGUGGACUGCUUCCAGAAGAUCCGGCAGCAAGUCAAGUGCUACCUUCAGCUGGCUGGAGUCAUGGGCAAAAACGAGUGCAUGCAGGGCCUUGAAGUUAUCGAGUCAACAAACCUGAAGUAUUUUACCAAGGAAAUGACUGCAGAGUUCUAUGCACUGAAGGGGAUGUUCUUGGCACAGAUUAACAAAUCCGAAGAAGCGAACAAGGCGUUUUCCGCUGCGGUCCAAAUGCACGACGUCCUCGUGAAGGCCUGGGCCAUGUGGGGUGAUUACUUGGAAAAUAUCUUUGUGAAGGAGCGGCAGCUGCAUCUAGGGGUGUCGGCCAUCACUUGUUACCUGCACGCCUGCCGUCACCAGAACGAAAGCAAAUCCAGGAAGUAUUUAGCAAAGGUGCUGUGGCUGCUGAGCUUUGAUGAUGAUAAGAAUACCUUGGCUGAUGCGGUGGACAAGUACUGUAUUGGCGUUCCCCCAAUCCAGUGGCUGGCUUGGAUUCCACAGCUUUUAACGUGUCUGGUUGGGUCAGAGGGCAAACUUCUGCUGAAUCUUAUCAGUCAGGUUGGGCGUGUCUAUCCCCAGGCGGUGUAUUUCCCAAUCAGGACCCUCUACUUGACCCUGAAGAUAGAACAGCGCGAGCGCUACAAGAGCGAUUCUGGACAACAGCAGCCAAGUUCUGUGGGAAACCAGUCACAUUCGGCUUCAGACCCUGGGCCCAUCAGAGCCACGGCCCCCAUGUGGCGCUGCAGCCGGAUCAUGCACAUGCAGCGGGAACUGCAUCCGACGCUCCUCUCUUCUCUGGAGGGAAUUGUUGAUCAGAUGGUCUGGUUCAGGGAAAAUUGGCACGAGGAGGUGCUUCGACAGCUGCAGCAAGGCCUGGCAAAGUGCUAUUCGGUUGCCUUUGAGAAGAGCGGAGCUGUUUCGGAUGCCAAGAUCACCCCCCACACGCUGAAUUUUGUCAAGAAGUUGGUCAGCACCUUUGGCGUCGGCCUGGAAAACGUCUCCAACGUCUCCACCAUGUUUUCCAGUGCUGCCUCUGAGUCUCUAGCCCGAAGAGCCCAGGCGACGGCGCAAGAUCCCGUCUUUCAGAAACUGAAAGGGCAGUUCACAACAGACUUCGACUUCAGUGUGCCAGGCUCCAUGAAACUUCACAACCUCAUCUCAAAACUGAAGAAGUGGAUCAAGAUCCUCGAGGCCAAAACCAAACAGCUCCCCAAGUUCUUCCUUAUUGAGGAAAAGUGUCGGUUUUUGAGCAACUUCUCUGCCCAGACUGCAGAAGUGGAAAUCCCCGGGGAGUUCCUCAUGCCAAAGCCCACCCAUUAUUACAUCAAGAUUGCACGAUUUAUGCCCAGAGUGGAGAUAGUACAAAAGCAUAACACCGCGGCUCGAAGGCUGUACAUCCGAGGCCAUAAUGGGAAGAUUUACCCAUAUCUUGUAAUGAACGACGCUUGCCUGACCGAGUCGCGCAGGGAGGAGCGUGUGCUGCAGCUCCUUCGCCUCCUGAACCCCUGUCUGGAGAAGAGGAAGGAAACCACAAAGAGGCACCUGUUUUUCACAGUCCCCCGAGUUGUCGCCGUCUCUCCACAGAUGCGCCUCGUGGAAGACAAUCCGUCUUCUCUCUCCCUGGUGGAGAUCUACAAGCAGCGCUGUGCCAAGAAGGGGAUUGAACACGACAGCCCGAUUUCUCGCUACUACGACCGGCUGGCGACCGUCCAGGCUCGAGGGACCCAGGCCAGCCAUCAGGUUCUCCGGGAUAUUCUGAAAGAGGUGCAGGGCAACGUGGUACCACGAAGCAUGCUGAAGGAGUGGGCUUUGCAUACAUUCCCAAAUGCCACCGAUUACUGGACAUUCCGGAAGAUGUUCACCAUUCAGUUGGCCCUGAUCGGUUUCGCAGAAUUCGUCUUCCACUUAAACAGACUGAACCCCGAGAUGCUGCAGAUUGCUCAGGAUACUGGCAAGCUGAACGUGGCCUACUUCCGAUUCGACAUCAACGAUGCCACCGGGGACCUGGACGCCAACCGCCCCGUUCCAUUCCGACUCACGCCGAACAUUUCGGAGUUCCUCACCACCAUCGGCGUUUCCGGGCCGCUCACCGCAUCCAUGAUCGCCGUCGCUCGCUGCUUCGCACAGCCGAACUUCAAGGUGGAUGGCAUCCUGAAGACGGUGCUGCGAGACGAAAUCAUCGCUUGGCACAAGAAGACACAGGAGGACACGUCCUCCCCGCUCUCAGCCGCCGGGCAGCCGGAGAACAUGGACAGCCAGCAGCUGGUUCUGCUGGUUCAGAAAGCGGUGACUGCCAUCAUGACGCGGCUGCACAACCUGGCCCAGUUCGAGGGAGGAGAGAGCAAAGUCAACACACUGGUCGCUGCAGCCAACAGCCUGGACAACCUCUGCCGCAUGGACCCCGCUUGGCAUCCGUGGCUCUGAGUUGACUGUGUGUGUGUGUGGCGGGGGGGUGGGGGGGUUAAAGAGUCCUUCUCCAGCCAUCACCACCUCGUCUCCCAUCCUGGUCCCACUUUAUUCAACCUUUUCAGCGUUCUCAUGUUUCCACAAGAAAUGGCAGUUUUUACACCCUCAAAAUUGCUUAGAUCACUCCCGAGGCCGCUUUGAACAGAGGCGGCACCUGUGUUACGUCGAAUGCAAGAAAAUGGCGACUGCGUGCGAGAUUCAUUAAAGCAAAUGGGUCAUCAGACUACAGGAUCCAGUGCAAAUUUCCCCUCACAUACUGGUAAACUUUUCCUUUUCUUUUCCAGACUUUAAGAAAUGGGAUAUUCCCAAACUGCUUUUUGUUUGAAGGGUUUUUUUUCCUAUUUAAAAAACGCUUUCUUCAUGGUUUACCUUCAGAGUGGUGGUACAAAGACUACUUAAAUGGCAGUUUAAUCCGUUCAGAAAUAAAUGGGAGUUAAGUGUUGUUGUACAGCAAUUUUGCAACAAAAUGUACAGAAAAUCAUCCUCUUUUGGGAGUGGGGGAUCUCUAGUUGGAGAAAACAAGAAAAAAUGUGUUGUUUUUUUUCUGCAGAGCACUGCAAUGUGAAAAAUGGACCCAAUUCUGAAAGCCAGUUUGGUGGCACAUUAUAAAGAAACUUUAUAAAAGCGAAUUUGUCAUCCAUUACGAUACACUUUUGGAUGGACCCAGUGCUGUGCAGCUCUAAAGAGUAUAUGAUAAACUGUUUUGUUUUUUAGUUUGGAGACAUUUAAAUGUAUAUAAUCAAGUAGCUGUUUUUAGUUUUUACCUGUGUAAUUUAAAAACAAAAACAAAAAGCAAUUGCUUUUGUUUGGGUCUGUGACAGUCAUUUUUAUAAACCUUGCGGUGUUGCGAAUGUUACACUAUGAAUUUGUACAGGGUGACCCUUUUCCAAAAUAAAUAUUUUCUAAAAUGC